AUGGAGGCAAGGCUCGCCCGCGUUAAAUGGAUGGACUGUGAGUGGGGGGCAUCAGAGGACUGCUGUAUGAAACGGGAGGCCUGUGACAAAAGGAUUUCCAUUUUUAAAGAAGAGGAGCGCCAGGGGGAGACCAUGGAGGUUAAAGUUGAGGGUUUGAAAGAGGUCUCAGCAUGUCUGGAAGAAGAAGAAGAAUGCAAUAUUGGCAAUAUCUGUGAGCCGGAGAUUUCUGAAGAACAGCCCUGGUUUACUAAUAUGGGACAACUGCCCGGCUGGCAGAAUCCUAUGGAAGUGAAAUUGGAGUCAUUUGAUUUGAGCUUGAAGAGAAAAUGGGUGAUGGAAAUGUGCGAGACGCAGAAGAGCGGCAGCCUUCUAGGAGUGCGGGAACAACAAACACAAAAAGAUCCACACUGGGAAAAACCUUACUGCUGUUCCAAAUGUGGCAAAGGAUUCUUACAUUUAAGUCAUUUUCAGAACCACAAGAGAAUCCAUACUGGCGAAAAACCUUACUGCUAUUCCGAGUGUGGCAAACGAUUCUCCAAUAACAGCAGUCUUUGGACACACACCACAAUUCACACGGGAGAAACAUCUUGCAGCUGUUCUGACUGUGGGAAAAGAUUCUUGCUAAAGAGCCAUCUUCAAAGUCACAUCAGAAUCCACAGUGGAGAGAAACCUCAUUGCUGUUUAGAAUGCGGGAAAAAGUUCUUAUUAAAAAAACAACUUCAAUGCCACAUCCGAAUCCAUACUGGAGAGAAACCUUAUUGUUGUCCUGAUUGUGGGAAACGAUUUUCAAACAACAGUACUCUUCAUAGACAUAAAGCAAUUCACUUAGUAGAGAGGCCUCAUUUUUGUUCUGAGUGUGGGAAAAGAUUUUUACAUGCCUACCAGCUUCAGCGGCACAUCAGAGCACAUACUGGAGAGAAACCCCAUUGCUGUUCAGAAUGUGGCAAGCGAUUCUCCCGUAACAGUACUCUUCAGCAGCACACACACACCUUCACGCUGGACCCCAAGAGAAGCCAUAUUGCUGUUCUAAAUCUGGCAAACAGUUCUCUGACAGGAGCGCUCUUCAGAAGCACACACGCCUCCAUACUGGAGAGAAGCCAUAUUACUGUUCUGAGUAUGGAAAAAGAUUUUCUCAAAGCAACCAUCUUCAGAAACACAGACAGAUUCACAUAG